AUGAACAACAACCUGAGCGGGCCGUGCCAGUACCUCAGGCUGUGGGGCAGCGAGGUCUUCAGAUACACCUACACAGGCCUGCUGCUGGCCCUGGGCCUGCCACUGAAUGCGCUGGCGCUCUGGGUGUUCUGCUGCCGCUUGCCACGUUGGACCGCGACGCAUGUGUACAUGGUGAACCUGGCGGUGGCCGACCUGUGUCUGCUGUGCACGCUGCCCACCCUGCUGUUCAGCAAGUACCUAACACCACUGCUCUGCUACAUCUGCCAGGGCUGCUACCUGGCCAACAGGUACAUGAGCAUCAGCCUAAUCAUGGCCAUCUCCCUAGACCGCUACGUGGGCGUGCAGCACCCGCUGUGGGCCCGCAGCCUCCGCUCCCCAGGCCGUGCCCUGGCCCUGUGCCUACUUCUCUGGGUGCUGGUGGGCGGCUCACUGGGCCUGCGGGUGAUACUGGCAUCCAGUACGGGUGCCACCUGCCUCUUUGAUGCCCUUACUCAGGACCCCCAACCAGCCAUCUUCUCACUGCUGGGCUUCUACCUGCCGCUGGCCGUGCUUGCCUUCUGUUCCCUGCGUGUGGGCGCGGCCCUGGCACAGAGGCCCGUGGCUGACCCAGGCCAGGUGGAGGCCACACACAAGGCGUCCCGCAUGGUCUGGGCGAACCUGGCCGUGUUCGUGGCCUGUUUCCUACCUCUGCAUCUGGUGCUGACUGUGUACCUGGCACUGGGCCCCAAGCAACACACCUGUGCCCUCAAGAGCGCCCUUUUCGUCACCAGCAAGUUCUCAGACGCCAACGGCUGCCUGGACGCAGUCUGCUAUUACUACUCAGCCAAGGAGUUUCAGGAGGUCUCGGUGUGGCCCAUGGUCUGCAGCUCCAAGGCCCACCCAAAUCAGGAUUCUGUGUGUGUGUGUGUGGCUCUGGCCCAGGUGCCCACUUCCAGCUCCCAGGAAGGCGAGUGUGCAAAUCACCCCAUCUGUGAGCACCACCUACAGGAGAGUGGGAACGUGGCCUCUGUUCCUGAUUUCCAGGACUUGCUGCCACCAGCCCCCUCCAGAGGCUCUCCCACAAGACCCAUGGUGCCUUCUGCUAGUGUGGUCAGGCUAGUGGCCCAGGGGACAGUGCUCCUGCCCCACGUGCUGAGAGUGCCCCAGCCCAGUGCCAUCUGCUGCCCAGAUACUUUUGAUGGCACCAUUGCAGCCAGGGAGCUCCACUGUGCCCACACUCCUGUUCCCGAAGACCCUGUUUACACCCCUGUUCCCAAGGAUGCCCGCCAUGUGGACAGCUGCCCAGGUCUACCAAGGGUGUGUGGCCGUAGUGUCUUAGAAGCCAUUUAUUGA